CUCCGUUUAAAAAGCCCUAACGACGUUCUGCACAAAAGCCAACCAGAGAGAGAUGGGGAGCCUUUCAGAUCUGGAUUCUUCCCUUUCCAUUCAAAGACCUAACCCUAUUUUCCUAGAAGAUUCCUACCAAACACUAGAAUUUCCCUCUGAAAACAGCCCCAAAUCCUACACGAAGAAGGAUACAUGGUUGAAGAAGAAGAAGAAGAAGAACCAGGUCCUUCUGGAAGGGUACGUAGCGACGGACGAGAAGAACGAUCCUAUUCUUCAAGAUCAGCAGCAACAGCAAGGGACGAUGUCGAGGGCGAAGAGCCUGACUGAUGGUGAUCUUGACGAACUGAAGGGGUGUCUAGAUCUAGGUUUUGGUUUCAACUAUGAAGAGAUCCCGGAGCUUUGCAAUACAUUGCCGGCGCUCGAGCUCUGCUACUCGAUGAGCCAAAGGUUCUUGGACGAUCAGCAGCAGCAGCAGCAGAAGUCUGCAGAUGGGAGGGAUGCAGAGGACGCAUGCUCCGUGUCAUCAGCGGCCGCGAGUCCGAUCGCGAAUUGGAAGAUUUCAAGUCCUGGCGACCAUCCGGAGGAUGUUAAAUUAAGGUUGAAGUUUUGGGCGCAAGCUGUGGCAUGCACCGUGAGAUUGUGCAGCUGACGCAUAGGCAAAACCCUUGAGCUUGACCAUAGAAAUGGGCGGAGAUACUUGAUGGCCUGAGGUCUUUUUGUAGCACAGAGUUCUACAACCAUGCCUCCUAAGCUCAAUGCUACUGGGAUGCUGCAUCCUGCAAUCCCUUCUCCAGAGAUGACCCAGGUGGGAUCUGGUAGCUGCUGCAAUGACGAUGACAGAGAGAGAGCUUUGGAGAAGAGAGAAGAGAGAAGAUGAAGAUUUCGGGCCUGAGAUUAACCAAACACUGAAUUGAAUUUGACUGCUCUACAUGUAUUCUUUAGUAUGGUAUGAUUAGUUGCAAAUAAAUUAAUUUCCUUUCUUUUUUUUCUUGAUCAUAUGGUUGUACUUUUGCUAUAGCCAUUAGAACUUGAUCAAUCCAAUGCAUUGAAUAAAAAGGUUUCAGAAUUCUGUUCUUGUGCA